GUCCGAAGAAUCAUCGCACGCGUUCGGUUGUCGUGCCGUACUAAAUCAAAGAAGAGCAGGAAUCGCUCGAUAUUUUCAUUACGUGUUUGUUUGUCGUGAAAGAAAACUUCAUUCCUGCGGAACCGCGGCGGAAAUGUUCCUGGCUCGGGUGUGUUGUUUGCGGAGUGUCCUCCGCAGCAGGAACCUGCUUGUUCCGCCUGCGGGUGCGAGUCCGUCGAAAAGUCGAGUGAUUUCUUCGGUGGUUCGAUUUCCACCGCUGGGUCAGCAGCCGUUCCCCCCUGCGGUUGGCCAGCGAUCGACUUCAUCCGACGAAGGAUUCCAGAUAGCCGAUGAAAGUAUACAAAAGUACCUGGAGAACAUCCGGUUGGAGUACUACGCGCUGAAGGUGUCCGACCAGCUGGACAAGAAGGACAUCAAACGGAUGGCACUGCUGUCGCAUGUGGUCGAGAUGUACGAGCAGAGGCGCAUCAUCGUGGACAACCUGAGCUCGCUGCAGGAGAUGAGCUCCGAGAAGGACGAAGACAUGCUGCAGCUGAUGCGGGAGGAAAAGGAGGCAUACACCAACAUUCUCCGAAAGUUGGAUGGCGAAAUCAUGGAUGGAAUCCUGAAAAUGGACGACGAAGAUGAUUUCAACACGCUUAUUCUGGAAGUUGCCGCUGGAGUAGGCGGUCAGGAAGCGAUGCUGUUCACCCGAGAGCUAUUCGACAUGUACUGCGGCUUCAUCGAUUACAAAGGAUGGGAAACGGAAGUUAUCGAAACGGAGGACACCGAGUUGGGAGGAAUUCGGCACGCUUCGAUUGUGGUGCAUGGACGGGAUGCCUAUCGGUAUCUAAAAUUUGAAGCUGGCGUUCAUCGGGUGCAGCGGGUUCCGACCACGGAAAAGUCCGCCCGGAUACAUACCAGCACCGCGACGGUUUCGGUUAUUCCACGGCCGGACGAAUUCGAAAUCGAGCUCAAAGACAAAGACCUGAAGAUUGAGACCAAGCGGGCUAGUGGAGCUGGAGGUCAGCACGUGAACACUACUGAUAGCGCAGUUCGAAUAGUCCACCUUCCGACCGGGGUGGCCGUGGAGUGUCAAACAGAACGGUCCCAAGUCAAGAAUAAGGAAAUUGCCAAACAGAAACUUCUGGCCAAACUCACCCAGCAGGAACUGGAGAGCAAGUUCACCGCAGCAAAUUCGAUGAAGAAGUCCCAAGUGGGGUCUAGCUUGAGGAACGAGAAAAUCCGUACUUACAACUACAACCAAGAUCGCAUCACCGACCAUAGAGUUGACGGUGGAACUACGCACAAUUUAAAAGCGUUCCUCGAAGGUGGACCCCAGUUGGAAGAUAUGAUUGCGAAACUGCAAGCCAUGCACCGGAAGAAGCAGUUGAUGGAAAUUAUUAACAGCACCAUAGAAACUAAGUAGAGCAAUAGUAAAUGUAUAGUUGUGAUUCAGAUAAAAAAUUCCUUCAUUAAAACAAUUCAAACAAUCCAUUGUUAAUCAGUUGAAAAA